GUCUGAGCCUGUCACAGCCUCGGCCAAUCGCAGCCUCCGUUAGAGGUGGCGGCUGCAUGUGAUUGGAGGAUGGCGACCAUGCCGUUCGUCAGCGAGGGAAAGUGUGUGAGCGUGGAGUGGGACUUCCUACAGGGACUACUGGCCAAACCCCCCACCCUGCCCUGUUUGCAGAACCUGCGGAAGGAGAAGUCUCGUAAUGCCGCUCGUUCCCGUCGCGGCAAGGAGAACUUUGAGUUCUUUGAGCUGGCCAAGAUGCUCCCUCUCCCCGGGGCUAUCACCAGCCAGCUGGACAAGGCCUCGGUCAUUCGCCUCACCAUCAGCUACUUGCACAUGUGCACCUUCGCCAGCCAGGGAGACCCGCCCUGGUGCCCCCUGCUGGAGGGAGAGAACCACUGCAGCAAAGUGCGACGCUCCUCCCUCUCUCUGGCUACUGACAUGUUUGAACAGCACCUGGGAGCACACCUGUUACAGUCUCUGGACGGCUUUGUGUUUGUGGUAAGCUCAGAGGGACGAUUCCUCUACAUAUCAGAGACUGUUUCCAUCUACCUGGGCCUCUCACAGGUGGAGUUGAUGGGCAGCAGUGUGUUUGACUACAUCCACCCAGCGGACCAUGUGGAGAUGGCUGAGCGUCUGGGCAUCAGGCCCCACCUGAGGGCUGAGGCUGGCUGCCACGUGGCCCCCGAGAGCGCUUCCAGCUCUGCCUCCACAUCCUCCCUGGCCGGGUCCCCCGAGCCUGCCCCCUCAAGCCCUCUCUCUCCAGGGAACGAACCGCCUGACCGAGGCUUCUUCAUCCGUAUGAAGUCCACCCUCACCAAGAGAGGCCUCCACGUCAAGUCCUCGGGCUACAAGGUGAUCCAUGUGACCGGGCGAAUCCGCUGUCGCCCUGCCAUGGUGCCAGGCUCCGCCCGCUCGGUGCGUCGGCCAAUGGGCUUGGUGGCCCUUGCGCACACGCUCCCUCCCUCCACGCUGAACGAGGUGCGCAUGGAAAGCCAAAUGUUUGUCUUCCGGGUCAACAUGGACCUGCAGGUCACCUACUGCGAGAACAGGAUCUCAGAGUACAUGGACCUGAGCCCGGCAGAGGUGGUGGGACACACCUGCUACCACUUCAUCCACGUGGAAGACCUGGAUAACAUCAGACAGAGCCAUGAGGACUUGUUGAGGAAGGGUCAGGUGGUGACCGGGUACUACCGUUGGCUCCAGAGGAGAGGGGGUUAUCUGUGGGUCCAGUCUUGUGCCACCGUCUCCAUCAACCACAAAGCCCCCCACGAACGCAACGUCAUCUGGGUCAACUACAUCAUCAGUCGAACAGAGCUCCCAGACACUCCCCUGGAUCUGCUGCAGCUCCCAGAGAGUCUGAGGGCGGAGCGUCUGAAAGCCAGCUCCUCCCCUUCGGAACUCACGCCACAAGCCCGGGGUCCACAGCCAAUGAAAAGCUCUGUGUGUAAAGGUGACCCUGACUCUAAACUGAGAGAGAUCUAUAAUCCCGGAGUCCAAUCAGGGGACAGGAGGAAGCGUCCGCUGCGGUCUGACUCUGAAGGCGCUCCCCCAGAAACGCGGCGUCGCCUGGAAGAGUUCCGCCAGAGAGAGGGGAGUGUGUCCGCCGCCUCAGACCUGGGCAGUGAGAGCGAGGGAGAGGAGAGAGCGUGGGAGCAGGGGGGAGACAGCGCGAGGGUCAAACGAGAGGAGGGGCCUUCGAAACGAGGUGGGGAGACCCCAGUGAGGGGCGGCGGGGUGCACAACGGCCGUGCGGUAAUCCAGCACCUGAAGAGUGUAGUGUCCUCGCCUCUCUCUGGUCCCCACAACAUCAAGACUGAACAUGAGGCACUGGCUGCAGGGGGUCGCUGGACACACACACACACCUCCUCACACACACAACCCCCACCCUCACACACACACACACCUUGCGGCAGCCUGAACGGCGACAGUCCCCCGACCCCUAUCCCGGACUCCUCCUCCAGCAGUGAAGCCCCACCCAAAGGUAUUUUCACCCCGCCCUCCCCCGCCAUGUCUCCUCCCAUGUCCGGCUCCUCCCCUCUACCCUGUGAGGAGCGGGGAAUGUUGUCUGGAGGCCGAGUGGGCGGGCCUGACUUUGAGCUGUUGCAGAGACUGGCAGCGGGGGGUGCUGCAGGACGGGUGCUGUUCCACCCCCUGACCCUCGGCCCCCAGGGGCCACAGAGCCUGUACGCCCCCAGUACCAUCCGCUAUGCGCCCCCAGAGCUGCCCACCUCCCACCCCGGUGCUGAGGGGCUGCGCGUCGACCACCACAAGGGCCCCCCAGCCUUCUUCCCCCACCUCCAGAGGCUGGCCGGCCUGCCCUCCUUCAGUGGGUUCUCCGCCUCGGACAAUCCCUUCAACCCCUUCUGUAUGAACGGACUGAGGGGGGCCGCAGGGUCCGAGGAGGACUGAAAGAGAGGAGGGGCUAGAGAGAGAGACAUGGGGGGCAGGACAUUGGGACAUAUGGGGUUGGGAAACUGAAGAAAGGACCAUUUGCACUGCUUCCAUUGGGGAGUCGACAGGAUGGGUGACACUCAAAGUGGACUUUGACACUUGACUUUACCCCACUAGCUGUCCAAGCUUUGUCCCCCUCUCUGCUCUACCACAUCCUCUCUCCGCUGCUGUUAAAUGACUGUGCAGUGUUCCAUGUCUAAAGCCAUAUUGUACAUAGAGACAGGGCCAUGACAUACCUUCACUACUCCUUCCUCAGUAUUAUAACAACUGCUCCUGAGCCUGUCAGACUGACUUCUGUGUGACUGAAGGAGAAAGAAAAAAAAGGGGGGGGAAAUGGACGACAUUUUUUCACUUGUUUGUGUGAAAUACUGAAUCGUCUCUUAAGCAGAGUUAGAAACUAUACUCUGACACAAUAGUGGAAAUAUUGAGGUCUGAGCCGAUCUCAUGGACGCCCAAAAUAAUAUUCGAACACAUCUCGGGUACUCCUUCCUUCCAUAAAGGGAACCCCGCUGAAGAGGGUUUGUAACACUGAAAGCACAGAGGAGUGAGAGAGUCCCAGAUGACAUUCCAUUCCACUCUGAGACUGUUCUGUCUGGGGAAGAAAGGUAUGGGAUGGGGAACGUACAAUACCUCUACUGGCUGGUCACUUUGUAAUGUUUUCAGUCUUGUAAAAACGGGAAAAAUGGUCCUACAGAAUGAAGUGGUGUUAAAGACGCUGGGCUGUGCUGUGUAUGAGAUGAAAGCCAUAGUUCUAUUAUAUUGUCAUGCUGUUGUCAUAGGGUGAAGUGGGAGAGGUGUAAAAACGAUUGUCUUGCUAGAGGACAUACUUUGGGAAAUGCCACAGUUUAAUUCAGAAACCCUCAACAAAUGUAUUAGAAAUAAAGGGUUUAGG